AUUGCUAGUGUCACUUGCUAGAUCUCCGUGAAAUUAAUCAUUUCAAAAAAAAUGGAUCGGAAAUGUGCAAUCGCAUUUGCUCUUAUUUGCGUCGUUGUCGCCGGUGUCGGUGGCCAGUCUCCGGCGGCCGCACCGACGACAACUCCAGUGUCGGCUGCGCCAACGACGACUCCAGUGUCUGCUGCUCCACCGACAACAGCUCCCGUUAAAGCUCCUGUUGCAGUCCCUGUAACAGCCCCAGCAAAAGCCCCGGCCAAGCCGAAGUCGCCAGCUCCCGUCACAGCGCCGGCAACGGCUCCUGCUAAAGAGACAGUUCCUGCUCCUGUGGAGGCACCGACAUCAACACCUCCCGCGGCUGCGCCCAAGAGUUCGCCGCCAGCUCCAGUUCCAGUGGCGAAAUCACCUCCAGUGGCUGCCCCAGUAACUGCUCCCGAGGCCGCUCCUGUCACUCCAGUGGCUGCCCCAGUAACUGCUCCCGAGGCUGCUCCUGUCACUCCAGUGGCUGCGCCUACUACUCCCGUGGAGGUGCCGGCACCGGCUCCAAGCAAGAAGAAGAAGCCGACAAAGAAGCACAUUGCUCCUGCUCCUGGCCCCUCUCUGUUGAGCCCUCCUGCGCCACCAACGGAGGCUCCGGGACCUAGUUUGGAUGCAUUGUCUCCUGGCCCGUCUACGGUCGCCGAUGAGAGUGGAGCAGAAGCGAUCAAACAGACAUUAUUGGGUGGAUUGGGCAUUGGAUUGGCUGUGAUGGGUUUGAUCUUCUAGAGAGAUGAUGCUUUACUUUUUUACUUUUUUACUGUUUUUAUGUUCAUCUGUAUUACUUUUUUACCACCCCGGAUUAAAUUUAAUUGCCAUUUGUUUGAUUGAUUAAAAUUAGUAUUUAUUAUUAUGGUUGAGGGGGCAUGACUGUUUUUAUUUGUUUA